AUGAGGAAAACCUCCGAGGAUUGUCUCACUUUGCCUCCAGACUGGAAAGUAGAAGAUGAGGACAUCACAGAGUCUAGUCCAGGAGAAAACCCGGCUCCCUCCAAUGUCCAUCCGGCACCACCCAGUGUAGAUGGACCAUCGGAUUCCUCGUAUCCUGAGGAACCUCAGACUGUGCGGGACCGGGCCGACCUUACAACAGGGAAGAGCUUCUCCUGUACUGAGUGCGGGAAGAGGUUCCGUUCUACAUACCAUCUUAAUAGGCAUAAAAGGUCUCACACGGGAGAGAAACCUUAUUCCUGUACUGAGUGCGGAAUCCAAUCUUUACAGACAUCAAAAUCUCACACGGGGGAGAAGUCACAUUCCUGUCCUGAGUGCGGGAAGGGUUUCCAUCAUAAAUCAGAACUUCAUGUGCAUGAAAGAUCUCACACGGGGGAAAAGCCGUAUUCCUGUCCUGAGUGUGAUCAGAGAUCUCACACGGGGGAGAAGCCGUAUUCCUGUCCUGAGUGUGGGAAAAUUUUUUCAUUGAAGUCCAGUCUUUAUAGACAUCAGAGAUCUCACACGGGGGAGAAACUAUUUUUCUGUUCUGAGUGUGGAAAAUGCUUUUCAGUAAAGUCUCAUCUUUACAGACAUCAUAGAUCUCACACAGGCGAAAAGCCACAUUCCUGCCCUGAGUGCGGGAAAUGUUUUUCAGUGAAGUCCCUUCUUCACACACAUCAGAGAUCUCAUACUGGGGUGAGAAGCCGUAUUCCUGUCCUGAGUGCAGGAAAUGUUUUUCACAUAUGUCCACUCUUUACAGACAUCAGAGAUCUCACACGGGGCAGAAGCCAUAUUCCUGUCCUGAGUGUGGGAAAUGUUUUGCGUGGAAGUCCAUUCUUCAUACACAUCAGAGAUCUCACACAGGGGGAGAAGCUAUAUUCCUGUCCUGAGUGUGGGAAAUGUUUUUCAGUGAAGUCCAAUCUUUACACACAUCAGAGAUCUCACACUGGGGUGAAGCCGCCACUUUCCUGUCCUGAGUGA